UCGCCGCCGCCCCGCCGAUCAUGUCGGCGGCCAAGGAGAACCCGUGCAGGAAAUUCCAGGCCAACAUCUUCAACAAGAGCAAGUGUCAGAACUGCUUUAAACCCCGCGAGUCUCAUCUGCUCAACGACGAGGACUUGACGCAGGCGAAACCCAUUUAUGGUGGCUGGCUGCUCCUGGCUCCAGAUGGGACCGACUUCGACAACCCAGUGCACCGGUCUCGGAAAUGGCAGCGGCGAUUCUUCAUCCUCUACGAGCACGGCCUCCUGCGUUACGCCCUGGAUGAGAUGCCCACGACCCUCCCUCAGGGCACCAUCAACAUGAAUCAGUGCACAGAUGUGGUGGAUGGCGAGGGCCGGACAGGCCAGAAGUUCUCCCUGUGCAUUUUGACCCCUGAGAAGGAGCAUUUCAUCCGGGCUGAGACCAAGGAGAUCAUCAGCGGAUGGCUGGAGAUGCUCAUGGUCUAUCCCAGGACCAACAAGCAGAACCAGAAGAAGAAGCGGAAAGUGGAGCCCCCCACGCCACAGAGCCGGACAGCCAGACCUCAGCUCGGGCUGUGUGCUUCUGUGCCCACGCAGACACCGCUCUCUCCCCAGGAGCCAGGGCCAGCCAAGAUGGCCGUCACCACCAGCAGCAGCAUCCCCAGCGCUGAGAAAGUCCCCACCACCAAGUCUACACUCUGGCAGGAAGAAAUGAGGGUGAAGGACCAGCCAGAUGGGAGCAGCCUGAGUCCAGCUCAGAGUCCCAACCAGAGCCAGCCGCCUCCUGUCAGCGCCCUGAGGGAACCUGGGCUGGAGGGCAAGGACGAGGAAGGCACCAUGAGCGGCGACCAUAUGGACUGUGGCCGAAAAGUCCGGGUGGAGAGCGGCUACUUCUCCCUGGAGAAGACCAAGCAGGACUUGAAGGCCGAGGAGCAGCAGCUGCCCCCGCCGGUGUCCCCUCCCAGCCCCAGCACCCCCAACAACAGGUAUAGUGGCCCCAGACCGCCCUCCCAGGAGCUUGGCCAUCCCCUUCCUUCCCCAGGUCUGCGAGCCCCCUGCCGAACGGUCUGCUGCAGCUCCCCCCAGUCCCUGGACCUGGCCAGCCGGCCCCCCGCCCACAUGGACUGCGGCAGCACUGGGGGGCGGGGAGCAGAAAGACUGGGGCGCACCUGUGCCUUCAAAGCCAGCAGGCAGUAUGCCGCCCUGGCCGACGUCCCUAAGGCCAUCCGGAUCUGCCAUCGAGAAGCCUUCCAGGUGGAGAGAAGGCGGCUGGAGUGUAAGACUCGGGCCCGGAGCCCUGGCAGGGAAGAGGUGGCCCGCCUGUUUGGCAACGAGCGGAGGAGGUCCCAGGUAAUUGAGAAAUUUGAGGCCUUGGACAUUGAGAAGGCAGAGCACAUGGAGACCAACGUGUCAGCCGGGACCUCACCAUCAAGUGACACUCGCCAGGGCCGCAGCGAGAAGAGAGCAUUCCCCAGGAAGCGGGACCUCCCCAGUGAAGCCCCCACAGCUCCACUCCCGGACGCCUCGGCCUCCCCCCUGUCUCCACACCGAAGAGCGAAGUCACUGGACAGGAGGUCCACGGAGCCCUCCUUGACGCCUGACCUGCUGAAUUUCAAGAAAGGCUGGCUGACCAAGCAGUACGAAGAUGGCCAGUGGAAGAAACACUGGUUUGUCCUUGCUGAUCAAAGCCUGAGAUACUACAGGGAUUCGGUGGCUGAGGAGGCAGCUGAUUUGGAUGGAGAAAUUGACUUGUCUAUGUGUUACGAUGUCACAGAGUACCCUGUCCAGAGAAAUUACGGCUUUCGGAUACAUACAAAGGAGGGCGAGUUCACCCUCUCUGCCAUGACAUCUGGAAUCCGGCGGAAUUGGAUCCAGACCAUCAUGAAGCAUGUCCACCCAACCUCUGCCCCAGAUGUGACGAGCUCACUGCCAGAAGAGAAGAACCGGAGCAGCUCCUUCGAGACCUGCAUGAGGCCAAGUGAGAAGCAAGAGUUGGAGCCUGGGGAGCCGGACUCCGAACAGAAGAGGAGCCGGGCUAGGGAGAGGAGGCGGGAGGGGCGCUCUAAGACCUUUGACUGGGCUGAGUUCCGCCCCCUGCAGCAGGCCCUGGCUCAGGAGAGGGCCAGCACCACAGGGCCGCCCAACGCUCGCCCUGAGGGGGAGCCAGGGGAGCUGGAGCGUGAGCGGGCGCGCAGGCGGGAAGAACGCCGCAAGCGCUUUGGGGUGCUCGAUGCUGUGGAUGGGCCAGGCACUGAGGAUGCGGCCUUGCGGAUGGAGGUUGACCGGAGCCCAGGGGUGCCCAUGACUCCCGACCUUAAGACACAGAAUGUCCACGUGGAAAUCGAGCAGCGGUGGCAUCAGGUGGAGACCACCCCUCUCCGGGAAGAAAAGCAGGUGCCCAUUGCUCCCCUGCACCUGUCCUCUGAGGAUGGAAGCGACCGGCUCUCCACUCAUGAGCUGACCUCUCUACUGGAGAAGGAGUUGGAGCAGAGCCAGAAGGAGGCCUCGGACCUUCUGGAGCAGAACCGGCUCCUGCAGGACCAGCUGAGGGUGGCUCUGGGCCGGGAGCAGAGUGCCCGGGAGGGCUACGUGCUGCAGACUGAAGUGGCCACCGCCCCAUCCGGUGCCUGGCAGAGGCUCCACAGAGUCAACCAAGAUCUGCAAAGGAAGCUGGAGGCCCAGUGCCGGCGCCAGGGGCUGACCACACAACAGACCCAGGCCCUGAAGCGCAGCUACGGGGAAGCCAAAGAUGUAGUCCGGCACCAUGAGGCCGAGAUCCACAGCCUCCAGGCGAGGCUCAGCACCGCUGCCGCUGAGCUCACUAUCAAGGAACAGGCACUGGCCAAGCUCAAGGGUGACCUGAAGAUGGAGAAGGACAAGGUCCGUGAGCAGCUGGAGGAGUGGCAGCACAGCGAGGCCACGCUGAGCGGGCAGCUGCAGGCCAGUGAGCAGAAGCUGAAGAGCGCGGAAGCCCUACUGCUAGAGAAGACGCAGGAGCUGCGGGACCUGGAGAUGCAGCAGGCACUGCAGAGGGACCGGCAGAAGGAGGUGCAGAGGCUGCAGGAGCGCAUCGCGGACCUCAGCCAGCAGCUCAGUGCCUCCGAGCAGGCCCAGAGGCUGAUGGAGGAGAAGCUGCAGAGGAACUACGAGCUGCUGCUUGAGAGCUGUGAGAAAGAGAAGCAGGUGUUGCUACAGAACCUGAAGGAGGUGGAAGACAAGGCCAGUGCCUAUGAGGAUCAGCUCCAGGACCACGAGCAGCAGAUGGAGGUCCUCCAGAAGGAGAAGCUGAGCGCCAAGUUCGAGGGCAGCCAGGCAGUGCACCAGCUGGAGGAGCAGCUGGAGAUGAAGGAGGCCAGCAUCCAGAAGCUGGCGGAGCAUGUCCAGAGCCUCCGCGACGAGCGGGACACCAUCAGGCAACGCUUUCAGGAGCUGGUGGGGCGCAUUGCUGUGUCCGAUGGGGACGUGGCCAAGCUUCAGGAGAAGCUGAGGGGGAGAGAGGCGGACUACCAGAGCUUGGAGCACUCGUACAGGAGGGUGGCUGGCCAGCUCCAGGGCAUGCACACGCUGCUAAAGGAGAAAGAGGAGGAGCUGAAGCACAUCAAGGAAAUGCAUGAGAAAGUUCUAGAAAAGAAAGAUCAGGACCUCAACGAGGCUUUGGUUAAAAUGGUUGCCUUGGGGAGCAGCUUAGAGGAAACAGAAAUAAAGCUCCAGGCAAAGGAAGAGAUCUUAAGGAAAUUUGCAAAGGCGUCUUCAGAGGAGGUGGAGGAGUCACGGAGCUCCCCGGAAGAAGCAGAGGAGGAUGGGGCUGUGCUCUCGGGCCCGCACCUCCAACUUGCCGGCGCACCUCCAGGCUUCCCACACUUGAGGCUUGAAGAUGAGGACCCAGGGGCUGCCCUUGGGGAGGAAUGUGAGGACAGCAGCCCCAGGAGAGAAGAGAGCAUGGUGCUCCCGAAGUCAGAAGUGCCUGGCAGGGAGGGGCACCUGCAAACGUCAGCAAAGCCCGAGCAGGGGGCGCCCAGCACUAAAAGGCAAAGAAUCCGGUUCUCCACGAUCCAGUGCCAGAAAUACACCCACCCCGAUGGGUCCGAGAAGACCUGGACCAGCAGCACAUCUUCCGACACCAGUCAGGACCGGUCACCCUCAGAGGAAAGUAUGUCGUCAGAGGCCACCCCCAGCUCGCUCCCUGCAACCAGUGACUCUGACACCUACCUCUCCAUAAUACACUCCCUGGAGACCAAGCUCUACAUCACAGAGGAGAAGCUCAAAGAUGUGACGGUGAAGCUAGAGAGCCAGCAGGGCCAGAGCCAGGAGGCCCUGCUCACGCUGCACCAGCAGUGGGCCAGCACGGAGGCGCGGCUCCGCGAGCAGCUCCACACCAGCCUGCUCCAGGUCCGAGCGCUGGCCUCCCAGCUGGAUCAGGAAAGACAGGGCAGGGUGAAGAUAGUCGAAAAUCACAUUGGGGAGCUUGGCAAUUUCCAGGUAAAAAACAGUCAGGCCUUGGCUUGCUUAGAAAACUGCCAGGAACAGCUACGAUCUCUGCCACGGGCUGGCCAGGAAGCAGCACCGGAUGUAGGAGCAGGCCCCCUGGCCAGCGUGGAGAGCGCGCUGGUCAGUGCCAUCCAGGCUCUGCAUCACUGGCCCACCCCUGCAGACAGCAGGGUCCAGGCUCAGCUAGAGGAAGGUGGUUUCUUGGAGACAGGGCAGGCAGCUUUGCAGCAGCCACCCCACCAGCCUGGACUGACCGAGCAGGGGCAGCUGAAGCUCCUUUCUGAUCAAAUAGCUCUGGAAGCCGCGCUGAUAAACCAAAUAGCAGACUCUUUAAAAGACACAACCUCAGAUAUCUCGCGCGUUCUCCACGAGAUUUCUCAGUCAACGGAGUUGCCCCUGGAACCUGGAAGCACCACAGUAUGUCCUGGGGCCUCAGCAGACACGUGGGCCAAGAAGGUGCUGGUGGACGGCGAGUUCUGGAGCCAGGUUGAGUCUCUGAGUGAGCACCUGGGGACGCUGGGAAGAGAGGCAGCCAGCACGUCAGGAGGUGGGCAGCACUGCGUCCCACAGGCCCUGGUCCCUGCCCUGGCAGACGCCACAUGGGUCAGGGCAGAACUCAGCUUUGCUGUGCAGUCAGUGAGGGAGUCAUUCCACCGUCGGCUGCAGAGCAUCCAGGAGACACUCCGGGGGACCCAGACAGCCCUGCAGCAGCAUAAGCACAUGCUGGGGGAAAUCCUGGGAGCCUACCGCACCCCCAACUUUGAGAGAGUAAUGCAGCAAGCCUCAGAAGCCGUUAAGCUUCCGGCAGGCACCGCAGACGGUGUACAGGUAUCCUGGGACUCGAGUCCAUUAGAAAAACUGAGUCAUCAAGAUGUAGUCAGCUCCCAGGAUCCCCCUCACUUGUCCAGUCAGAGCUCUGGAGCCCUCGUUGCUAUUCAGGAAGAACUCGCCUUACAGCUUAAAGAUAAGGCCAGCCUCUUAGGGGAGAUAUCUGCCGCCUUAACUUCUCUUUCCCCUGUGGAAUCGGUACGAGAUUGUCAGAAGCUUCUUCAGGUAUCCCAGAAUCUCUCCUACAGCACUUGUUUGGGAGGCCUCGGUCACUAUUCUUCAUUAUUAGUUAAAGAUGCAAUUAUUCAGGCUCAGGUGUGUUACGCAGCCUGCAAAAUUCGGCUGGAAUAUGAAAAGGAGCUGCAGAGCUACAAGGAGUCCUGGCAGAGCCAGGGGGCCUCCUGCCAGGAGCACAAGCAAGCCGUUGGGGCUCUCAGGGAGCAGUACGAGGAACUUCUCCGGAAGCAGAAGAGUGAGUACCUGGACGUGAUUGCCAUCAUCGAAAGGGAAAACACAGAGCUCAAGGCCAAGGUAGCCCAGCUGAACCAUCAGCAGAGGUACCUGGAAGAAGUAGAAAGCAAGCACAGCGAGAACAUGUUUGCCCUGCAAGGGAGGUACGAGGAGGAGAUCAGAUGUGUGGUAGAGCAGCUGAACCGAGCAGAGAACACCUUGCAGGCUGAGCACAGCAGGGUCCUCAGCCAGCUGGAUGCCUCGGUCAAGGACAGGCAGAACAUGGAGCGGCACCACGUGGAGCAGAUGCAGACCCUGGAGGACAGGUUCCAGCUCAAAGUCAAAGAGCUGCAAACAAUCCACGAGGAAGAGCUGAGGACGUUGCAGGAGCACUACUCCCAGAACAUGCAGUGCCUGCAGGAGAGCCUCCGCCACUACCAGGGGCAGCACCCCGAAGCCCUGCAGGCCCCCAGUCCCCCAGGCAGCCCCCGGCAGCCCCCUUCCUCUAGCUGGCCAGUCAGCCAGCCCAGCGAUGCUGUGUAUGUGGCCAAGGGGGAGGCCGACUCCAUGACGGGCCUGAGAGAGCGUAUCCAGGAGCUAGAGGCCCAGAUGGAUGUCAUGCGUGAGGAGCUGGAGCAGAAGGACCUGGAGGGCAAUGCUGCCACACUGCGGGAGAAGUACCAGAAAGACUUUGAGAACCUGAAGGCCACAUGUGAGCGAGGGUUUGCAGCCAUGGAAGAAACACACCAGAAGAAGAUUGAGGACCUGCAGAGGCAACACCAGCGGGAACUAGAGAAGCUGCGGGAAGAGAAAGACCGCCUCCUGGCCGAGGAGACCGCGGCCACCAUCUCAGCCAUCGAAGCCAUGAAGAAUGCCCACCGAGAGGAGAUGGAGCGUGAGCUGGAGAAGAGCCAGCGGUCUCAGAUCAGCAGCAUCAACUCGGACAUCGAGGCCCUGCGGCGGCAGUAUCUGGAGGAGCUGCAGUCAGUGCAGCGGGAGCUGGAGGUACUGUCGGAGCAGUACUCCCAGAAGUGCCUGGAAAACGCCCACCUGGCCCAGGCGCUGGAGGCCGAGCGGCAGGCCCUGCGGCAGUGCCAGCGCGAGAACCAGGAGCUCAACGCCCACAAUCAGGAGCUGAACAACCGCCUGGCCGCGGAGAUCGCACGGUUACGAACACUGCUGACUGGGGACGCCAGUGGGGAGGCCGCUGGCUCACCCCUCACACAGGGCAAGGAUGCCUAUGAGCUGGAGGUCUUACUGCGAGUCAAAGAGUCGGAAAUACAGUACCUAAAACAGGAGAUCAGCUCUCUCAAGGAUGAGCUGCAGACGGCGUUGCGGGACAAGAAGUAUGCUAGUGACAAGUAUAAAGACAUCUACACAGAGCUCAGCAUCGUGAGGGCAAAGGCCGACUGUGACAUCAGCAGAUUGAAGGAACAGCUGAAAGCAGCCACGGAAGCCCUGGGUGAAAAGUCCCCUGAGAACACCCCUGUGUCGGGAUAUGAUAUAAUGAAAUCUAAAAGCAACCCUGACUUCUUGAAGAAAGACAGAUCUUGUGUCAGCCGGCAACUCAGAAACAUCAGGUCCAAGUCUGUAAUUGAGCAGGUCUCAUGGGAUAACUGAAACCAGCCCGCUUCCAGGUCCCCUGUCAUGUAGAGUCUGAAGGAAGGCCUGACAGUGCAAGAACGCUUGAAGCUCUUUGAAUCCAGGGACUUGAAGAAAGACUAGCUGUGUCCCAUUCAACUUGAACAUACACCCUCCCCAGCUUGCGGCAGCACAACCCAAACACUGCUUUUUGUCUGUACUUUAUUUUUUUAUUAUUAUUGUUGUCAUUAUUGUCAUUAACUGUGGGUAUGGAUGCAUGAGAGACUCGUCUAUGGGAUGUUCACACCAUUCCCUGCUACGUUGAUUCCGUCUUCCUGUUGUCUUUAUCCAGGCUUUUUUUCCAUGGUAUUCUAAAAUAAGCCAAGCAGUGGGGGCGUGGAGGGCCAGCUAUGCCAUCUGGGUGUGCUGGAACCCCUGACAGCCGCCACCCGCUGUACUCACUCACUGUCAGUAUUAGGCCCGGCAGCCUGUCGAUAAGCUUAGCUCUGUCGCUGGUGCACCUGGGGUCAGGCCCGGGCUAAACUCUGUGCACUGGGUCACUUGGAGAGAACAAGCCAUGGGGAUGUGCUUUUGCCUGGAUCCUGCACUGACAGCUCAGAGCCUGCCGGCAGGAGCUUGGAAAGCAGGGCAAGGGGCAUGGUUUCUGACCUUGAUCUGCCACCUUUGAGCUUGGGAGAAGGCCAGCGUUUUAUACUUGUUCCACUAAUCCAUCUUGGAACCACACCCCAGGUCAUCGUGGCAAACUUCACAACCUGGAGAAUGUUGAAAGCAGCCAUUCCUAUUUUUGUUUGUUUUUUAUUAAAUCUUGCACAAAAGCCCGGCCCCUCUCAUUCCUUCCUACGCUCGCUCCUUUCUUAGCCACCAGUAACCCCGGUCAUUUCGUAACUACUUGUCUUGUUGACCUGGGGUUUCAGACUGUAACUGCAAAUAAUGAAUUCCCUCAGGGAAUCACGCAGGGCGAAAGAGGGUUCAUUUCUGGAACCUCUCUGAAAAGAAACCAUGUUGCUUUUGAAAAGGUUAAGAGAAGACCCCUAUGUUAUGUCAAGAAGAAAGUUAGAGGAUGUCGGAGUCAGAUGAAAACUGCCCAUUAUUUUGUGUUCUUAACCCUAGUUUAAUUAAUCUGAGAUAUGAAGAGUUCUUUCGCAGCAUUUAGAGACCCUAAAGUAAACCUGUACUAACAAUUUUGCUUUUCUAACAGUUUGAGUAAGACCUUUUUAACUGCCACAAAACACUCUAUAGCUCUUCUUAAAAAUGUCUUGGAGUUUCUAUGGUGGCUCAUGAAAACUAUUGAUCCUAUUAAGACAAGGAGUAGACACAACCUUAGCCAGUGGGAACAGGUUCUGCUGCCUGGGGAGCAGAGGGAGGCCAGAGAGUGGAAUGUUGGGAGGGGCUCGUUCUGGUCUCACUGCAUCUGUUGGUCCGUUGGCUUUAUUGCCAACAGCACAUUCUCACUCUGUUGAUGCUUGAGUUAAUUUGAUAGUCUCUGGGUACACGGAUACAUGGGGGUAAAAACAGAAAUCUUGCUGGGUUUCUAGAUUAAGUUAGUGAACAGCGUCAUUUGGGAAGAGUCCUGGGAAGGCCAGACAGAAGGUCCCGGGGCUAUGUUUAGUUUAAGACGCAAGCUUGGGUGCUCUCUCCUCACAGGAAUAAACUUGGCUGCCCUCUGGCAUGAGCCUUCCCUGUUCACAAGCUGUAAGAGCCCUAACCCACUCUUGUCACUCCCUUGCUACUAUUCCAUGUUUUUAAAAGCAAGAAAAUAUUAGCUCUUUUUAAAAUUCUCCUUACCAGACACCCCCGCCACAUAGAUUGGCAGCAUUUUUACAAAGUACCCAUGACCUUUGUGUUGUGCUCAGAGUGGGAGCAAACAGAAGGAGCAUUUGGGAUCCUGCCGUCCAUGCCAUCAGAACACUCGCAGCACAUGUGUCCUCUAGGGCAGUGACAUGAUAUUCAGCAUGCCCCGUCUUUCUGCAGGCUGCCUGGGCACUAGGAUGUCGUGUCAUUCCUUCGGCAUCCUUGCCUCAUCCAGCACAGCAUCCUUUGUGACUGCCCCUGGUGCCUCUAGGGACUCCUCUCCAGGCAGCCCCCUGCCUCCAGCCUGCCCAGAGCUUUCCAGCAGGGUUGAGCAUGGAGUCGGGCUCCAUCUGCCUUAAAACGGUGAAGGUUGGAAAUCCGCAGUGCUUUUGAAUGGGUCAAAAGAGCAUACAUUUUUUUUCACUUGUCCCUGGAGGUUAGACCUCAGGAAUCCUGGGAAACAAAUGUGUUGAGCGCAGUAUUGGGGGGUCGAAGGCAGAGACUGGGGAAAUCCUGUCACUGCAGCCAUUAUGUAAAGGCCCCUCCUGGUCACCCCAUGAACAGCAGGACUCGUUCUCCUAGUGCUGGUUCCUUCUGGAGGUUCCCGGGAAUACAGCCUCCCACAGAGUGCGCUGAGCCAGCCUUGCUGAGUGUCAUCCUGUAGUGACAACUGUCAGGCUCGGAACCCGGUCUGAGCUUCCUGCUGCUCAGUCCCAUCUUCCAGCCAGAGCAAGCGGGCAGAACAGAACAAAGAGGACCUUUUACAUCGUCUCUCACCGCAGAGUCUCACAGCAGUCCCGGGGGCUGUGGACAGGGUAGUGGGGACAUUGUGCAUCCAGGUGCUGGCGCUCACCAGGCCGUGGGAGCAUCCCCGCUUCCCAGGAAGGAAAUUGUUAACAUGGACCGACUUCACAGUUGUAAUUAUUUUGCUGUAAAUGUUUAUUAUUCAUUUGUAAUCUCCUAGCACCUGCAAAAAGCUGUGGCAGACAUUCAUGGCUUCAUCUGCUCAUUUUGUGAACACUCAUUAGUGACGGUGUACCGCCAGCACACGCGCAUUAGUGACAGUGUACCGCCAGCACAGGUGCAGCGAGGAAAAGCUUCCUGCUGGCCAAGUUCAUUGUGCAUGAUGCCAGCGCCUGAGCAGAUGUGAAGGCCAGUACCCAGGUGACCGUGGCUGUCUGAAACCUCCCUGGCAGAGGGGUGACGGGGGGUGGGCUGAGGUGGCAGAGAGCACUUUGCCACCAGAAAUUGAAGCUUGUGCAAUAAGGUGUCAAAAUGAGUCUGAAUUUGUGGGAGGAAGUGAUGGCCAUCCUGGAUUGUCCGGUGGAGGCCAAGGUGGCAAUGAGUGGGUUUGUCAGGAACUGAGACCAGAGGCCCCCUCCCUACAUGUCUACCGUGGAAAGGUAGAGACCAGGGAAGGCCCCAGCUCGGCUAGUGACGUGGGACCUGUAAUGCCAGUGUCCAGAUCCAGUCCUUUGCUCACUGACCCAACAGCUAGGCAUUGAGGGCCUUGCACAGGCCAGACACAGGAAGAGGGGAUUGCAGUUUUUAAAAAACAGCUGUGACCAUCAGAGUCUGCUUGAAAGGAAUUCUGACACAAGGCCAGGACACAAUUGAUGGCCUAAGAAACAUUUUUGUAGGGAUGUAUUUAUAACACCAUUGUUUCACCAGUGGUAGAUGGAACACUUGACUCCUGGCCUGAGGAUGGAACCCAGUCCUUUUUAUCACUGGUGCCUAGUGGUACCUUUAGCAAGGCUGUGGUUUGAAACUCACCCUGGGCGUGGCGCGGCACAGCGCCUUCCCUACCCUGCGGGCCUGGAGGCAGAGCCCUAACCUUGUGCCUUCUUUCCUCCAGCUAAGAAAUGAUGGGGUGUGAUGGGGUCCCUGCCAGUAAAAUGCUGUAGGCACCCCCAGGUGUGUUCCCUACACGGGAGAGCUGACAGGCAGUGUGUUUCUCCUUAGAGAAAGCUGCUUCUCCCUGCACUUGUUAACUUUUCGGCCUGUGCAGCUUACAGUGGGGCUGCUGCCUAACUGCCAAGGUGUGGGGCUUUCCCACCCCCACUUCCCUAUGUCUGCGUGAUAUUGUCAUGGCUAACCACACACUAGGUCCUCUGCCCUCACUCACCAAUGUGUCUGAGACAGUUACUAUCCAGGGAUUCAAAGCUCUUUUCAGUCCAUGAAAAGAAUGCAACCCAUCAACACAUUUUUCCUGAAAAUAAAAGUUUGCUUAUCGUCCUAAGGAAGCUUGGAAUUUAACAUUUUCCUUUAUAGACACAAUUUCAAAAAAAAAAAAAAAACUAAUACAGGAUUCAGUGACCCUUGUCACCAAAAAAGGAGGGCGUAAUUUAAGUAUUUCCAAAGUUUUACAAAGGACAGGGAAGUGUAUACUAUUACACUUAGGAGGAAUUAAAUGCUAGAAGAAAAAAUUGGUACAUUGGAAGCUGCACUGCUCUGGAAACAUCAGUCAUUUGAAAUAUCUCACACCCUGAAAACCCUGGACAACUGAGCUACUGCAAUGUUUUAUGUUAAAUAGGAAUUUGCUUCUUAAAUAAAUGUUAACUGUUGGCCUAAUACUUGCUCCACCUAGUUGAGAUUAGUGAACAGUUCCUAUGCUCUCGCACAGCAGCCUCUGCUGGGCCUCUAUGACUUGGGAAGAACGCUGCUGAAACUUCUUAUUUUAAAGGUUCUUAAACUAAGGUAUUUGCACACCAUUUGUUUUCAGUCUUUCAUCGGAGGCUCUUCUACCUUCUGUCAUUCUUGAGAGACUAAUUAUUGGACUGCUCAGCUAAAGCAUUGCUUUCUCAGUUAGUGAAUACUGAAGAAUUGCCCGUGGGAUUUACACAGAUGUCAUACUUAGAAGCUUACCAGUACACAAACGCCUCCCCGGCUUUUCCAUCCCUGAAAGGUCUAAGCUUAGAUAGCAAACUUCUUAGCACAGGUGUUAGUCCUUGCCUGAGAUCAGGUCAAAAGGUCAGAUCCUUCACUGUUCUCAACACCAAGUAAGCAGGACACUGGGACACUUCUUCACAGCCGGCCACAGCCAGCCAGUCCUCAGACUGCUCUUAGGAGAUGGGAGUCUGUUGUACUUACAUACAGUUUUGUGUAUUACUCGUGUACACUUUUAGCAAGGUCAUACUUUCCACAAUUGAAAAUUUAAGGAUCAGCUUAAAGUGAGGUCUAGUAACACUUGUUUUGGGUUCUUUCGUAGGAAGACUUGACAUGAACCCAAUAUGGAAGUGUACAUUGUCAAUUUCUCAGAUUUUUUCUGCUGAAAAGACUCAGCCUCAUUCUUUUGCCCUUUUGAGAAUGUUUCAAGUAAUCCUGUUUCGCUAUAGAAGGCAGAGGUCUACCUUCUCUGAAGUCUUUUCAACAGAAGACACAGAGGAGGAGUAAUAACAUUAGGCCACCCCUGUGUGUGGCCCAAAUGAUUAGCUGUUUAAACCACCUUGGGUUCCUUUCAUACAGGACUGUGUGAAGACUUAAGCUACAGCACACUUUGGGGCUUCCAGUUUCUCUGUUUAAAAGCAGCUGUGUUUUUUCAAAAUAAUCAGUAUAUUCAGAGCAAGCAGUAUAAAUAGUACUCAGAAAUUAUUAUAGGGGUUUUUGUGACUUUUAUUUUAAUUGUAUACAGAUAUCCCCUUUUAAGGUAGGGAGAACAGCUUUGGGUGUAACAUUGAACCCCACGCAACAUUAUAAGGAAACGGUUUUAAAGACUGUUUACAGUGUCUAAAAUAACGACAACCCUGUACCCGUAAUUGUCUUUCAUUGAAAGAACUGUAAAACUUGUUCUUGGUAGAGCCACUUAAAGUCCUGGAGGAAAAUGAGGAGAAUGAAGAACAUGGUGGUUACAUCUUGACCAGCUCCUGUACAUAGUAACCUAAGACUUGGAGGGAGACGUAGUUUAACACGGUCUGGCACAAGGGGUCUGUGUACUGGGCAGGGCCACAUGCAGGGUCCAGCCAAGUGCCUGGAUUCUCCGGCUCUUAGGUUGUGUUGUGCAACAGCACAGAGGUCACAAAGCUUGUAAUGCUGUUAUUUUACCAUAUAUGUCUAUGUCCAGUAGGUAAGGAAACAUUGUCACAAAAAUACUUAAGAACUGGAUGGUCCAAUACAGGAGGAUGUUGAAGUCUCAGGGGUAAAAUACCACAGUCGGUCUCAAAUUGGGCACUGCAGGGGGUUGGCGGUGGGGGGGCCUUCCCAGGAUUCAGUUGGAGCUCACGGUGGAGUCAUCAGAUGCAGAGAGCCCACCUGCUGCCUUCACGUUUCCCUUGCCCUUUGCUCUUUUCCCCUUUACAACUGGUUGUAUCACAUAUUUCAGGUUUUUUUAUAGGAAACUAAGAAUAGAUUAUGAAGAACACUAAAUUAUUGGAUUAUGUUUAUAUCACAAAACUUCAAUUAAAAUGGAUUUUAGGAUUUACCUUUAUUAUUAAUGACAUAUUUACUGACUUGUUAGGAUUCAAAGCAGUUAAGGGACAAGAAUUAAUUCAUGUGGUUUUCCUAAGUAAUAUUUAUAAAGUGUAAAGUUUCUUAAGUGGUUCCUCAACAAUUUUAAUUCUUAGUGAUUUUUCUCACAAAAUAGUCUUCUAUCAGAGAGAAUGUCUCGGUUCAGUACUAAAGAUAAAAGCACUAUGCCAAACUGGUGGGAGAGCUGAGAUACAAAGUGAAAAAUGCAAAUAGUUUUCUGUUGUGACAAAUUUGGAAAUAAUUCACAGCAAUCACUUCUGCCACAGCUAAUUAUUUCAACAGUCAGGUGAUACGUGUUCAAAGAACAAACUUGUAUAAUUGGAACUGGUGUUUAAUUUCUGUACUAACGCUAAGCGAUGAUGGUCACCAGACUAAAAUCACAUGCAGAAGCAGCAGAGGUCUGAGGAGCACAGGUGACAGCACAUGCCUCCCAGGCUGCACUGGAGGCCUCAGAUGAGGCAGCUCCCAGAAACAGAGACCAGGGUGGGCCAUCUGUCAGGCCCCCAGGGUCUUCCUGAAGAGAAGAGCCUGGUCAAUGAUGCUGCACUCUUUCUGACAAUUCAAGAAUUCUAUGGUUUCAUUUGAGGCUUUUUUUUUUAACAAAGUUUCUGAUAACUGUUCACUACAGCUGAAGUAUUUGUCAAAAUAUUUAUUCCUUUGUGUGACAUGCUAGAUUCCCAUGGAUGUAGCUGAUCAUUUCUAUUUUGUAAAUAUUACCUAACUUUACAUAAACUAUACCAUAAUAAACUAUUUUUGCAUCACCCUU